AUUUGAAUUUGUCCCUUUAAUUUAAGUACAAUCUAUCGUAGAAUAAGUCGAAGUAUAUGAAGUCAAAUUGUGAAUUGUAAAUGAAUUUGUAGCACGUAAGAAAAUAUCUAUUAGCACUAAGUGUAUAUAUUGUGAAUUUCUAAUCUUAAGCCAUUUUUAGUACUUAAGCUCAUCUGCAAUUCUUUUACUAAUGAACUGCCCACUUCUUCUACAACCGCAGCAAGGUGAGCAACACAUCUCUACUCUUUCUCUCAUAAUAAAACUAGUGUCUCUAUAUCCAUACCCGAACUUUACCAUUGCGUUAUUUUUUUUCUAACUCUUUUUCAUUGGGUUUACCUUCUCGUCAUCUAACUUAUUAUUCCUCGCUCUAUGAGGAAUAAUAAGACUAGUUCAUCGCAUAUUAUUACAGUCCACACAGCAUCGACUGAGGGAAUUCCGCCAGUGACGUCACCGCCUCUCUUUUCUCAAAGCAACAGCCGCUCUAACCCCGCUUCACGUCUAACUGGAAAACCCCCACUCCUGUCCAUGGUCCUUCGAAACCGUUCACUGAGUUAACCAUCAAUUGAGGUAAAUCCCAUCUGCAGUGUCUAGCAUACGUAGAUGUGUGUCAUUGUUUCGGUCAAAUAUGAAUGCCCAAGAGUUAUACAAGUGCAUGCUUUGCAAAAAACGUCAUGCCCUCAGGUUCUGCCCACAAUUUAUACUGAUGACUGUAGAAGACAGGAGAGCCGCCGUUCGACAACACCGUUACUGUCGAAAUUGUCUGGCAAAAAGCCAUUCUGUAGUAGAGUGUCAGUCGACGGAUACGUGCCGAAAAUGUGGGUUUCAGCAUCAUACAAUGCUGCACCCACGAAAACUUGUACUGAAGUCAAAAAGCUUCAACGCCGCCUCCAAGUCGCACUCAUCUAACCAACCAACUUCAUCUCGGCCCCAAAGAAAUCCAGCAGCACAGUCCAAUGCCACAGCCAAAUCACGCCUUGGCCAACGUCAGCACUCAGCUACGGCUGGCCAACAACAACAACAACAAAGGCGAGCCAAAAGGCACAAUAAACCAAAGGGUCAAAGAAGCCACCAACAACAACCACCCAAGCACCAACGAAAAUUGAAGACCCAAAAGUCCAACAAAGAGCGCCCACUAACUUCACAACCCAACUACUUAAUUUUAUCUGAAGCCAUCAAGUCGUUGGCAACAGUGUUAUGCGCUUCACCAAAUCUUGCGCAAGCGCAAGGCCGGCGCCAUGGACAAAUUUGAAUUUGUCCCUUUAAUUUAAGUACAAUCUAUCGUAGAAUAAGUCGAAGUAUAUGAAGUCAAAUUGUGAAUUGUAAAUGAAUUUGUAGCACGUAAGAAAAUAUCUAUUAGCACUAAGUGUAUAUAUUGUGAAUUUCUAAUCUUAAGCCAUUUUUAGUACUUAAGCUCAUCUGCAAUUCUUUUACUAAUGAACUGCCCACUUCUUCUACAACCGCAGCAAGGUGAGCAACACAUCUCUACUCUUUCUCUCAUAAUAAAACUAGUGUCUCUAUAUCCAUACCCGAA